CAACUUCCUGCUUGUGCUGUUGCCUGUUUGUGGUUUUUAAAACUUGAAAUAGCGAGAGCGAGAGAGAGAGAGAAAGUAGGUGGACUGGGUUGAAAACGUUUUCGACAGUCAAAAAUCAACAAAAGUUGCAGCGAACAGCAGCAGCAGAGAACAGGGUAAUGGAGCCUGAAGAGAUCAGAGAGGGAUACCUGGUGAAAAAGGGUACAGUACUAAACUCCUGGAAAGCUGUAUGGGUGGUGCUGUCAGAAGAUGGGCUUGAUUUCUAUAAAAAGAAAACAGACCGUUCUCCGAAAGGGAUGAUCCCUUUAAAGGGAGCAACACUCAUCAAUCCUUGCCAGGAUUUUGGCAAGAGGAUGAUGGUAUUCAAGAUUACAACAGAGAAGAAACAGGAUCAUUUCUUCCAAGCCUCACAUGUGGAGGAGAGAGAGUUUUGGGUCAAGGACAUUAAGAGGGCCAUUACCUGCCUCCAAGGGGGAAGAAAGUUUGCCAGGAAGUCAACAAGACGAUCCAUUCGCCUGCCUGACACAAUCAACCUAACUGAGCUGUACACUCUGAUGAAAGACCAGGAUGAUGGAGUCAAAGAGUUAAAACUGGAGCAAGAGAAUAGAGUCUUCAACCACUGUUUCACUGGUGCAACUGUGGUAGAAUGGCUGAUCUCAAAGGAGAAAGCGAGAAAUAGGCCUGAGGCCCUCAUGUUAGCAACAGGGCUCAUGAACGAAGGUUUUCUCCAGCCUGCUGGUGACCUGUCAAAAGAGGGAGCUGAGGGUGGUGAACAAUCGGCCUUCUUAGAUCAGACAGAUGCUCUCUACUACUUUGCAGACAGCGGGUUCUUCUGUGAAGGAUAUUCCAGUGAUGACGAUGUACUUGUAAAGGAAGAAUUCAGAGGAAACAUCAUAAAACAGGGAUGUUUACUUAAGCAGGGUCAUAGGAGGAAAAACUGGAAAGUGCGAAAGUUCAUACUGAGAGACGAUCCUGCUUAUAUGCAUUAUUAUGAUCCUACAAAGGGUGAAGAACCUCUGGGUUCAAUCCAUCUCCGAGGGUCUGUGGUUACAGCUGUGGAGUAUGUGCCUGACGCCAAGAAAUACGACGUUGACGGCAACCUCUUUGAGAUCAUCACUUCAGAUGAGACUCACUACUUCCUCCAAGCAGCUACAGCUGAAGAAAGAAAGGAGUGGAUCAAAGCAAUACAGGCAGUGUCAAAAAGUGGAAAAUAACAGAAGCAGCUAAGCAGUAGAGGAAGAUUUGCUAGCCAUUCAAACUUACUGAGUAUAAAGUCCCACAUUUGAUAGAGAUAUAAUGACAUUAAACAGUGUGUCAGCUACGAAUAACUGAUUAACUCAUGUCUUUUAACUUGCAAAAGUCACAAACUCAAAACAUGUUAGAAUGCAUAACACACUGAGACAUUAAA